AUGGUGCACCGAGUUCUCGAAGGACUUCGUGACGAAGCCUUUGAGUUGGCAAGAGACAUCGGCCUAACACGGCAGGAGUCUUUGGUGAUCAAGGCCUGUGCCCAGGACAUCAAAUCCUUCGAGUCCGAGGAUGAAGAGUAUGAUGAGGAGGAGUACCCGGAGGAGGAUUCCUAUUCCUAUUACCCUGAGGCCUAUCCGGCUAUGGGAGGCCACGAUGAUGACAAUGAUCCCGACCAGGAUCCUGAUGAGGACCUGGAUGAGGAGUUUGAGGACUACGAGUUAGACGAGUCCGAAGCUACUGCCCUCAAUGCCAUGGAAGAGCUGGAAGACUCAUCCGAAGGUGGACAUGCAAUCCAGCUUAUGCUGGCUGCUAACGCUGCCUUUGGCAAGGCCCGUGGCAAGAACAAGGGCAAGAGCAAGGGCAAGGGAAAAGGAAAGGGCAAGGUUGUCCGCUCCAACUUGACCCUGGAGCAGCGUCGUGACAAGCUGCGCGCCCUCAAGGCUAAGUCCAAGUGCUUACGCUGCGGCGGCACUGGACACUGGGCUGGCGAUCCUGAGUGCAAGUUUCCCACCAAUCAAGGGGGAAAGGGAGCUCCCGUGAAGCGUCAAGCUCACGUGGCUCUCAUUCAAGGGUCAGCAAGUGACGGCAUCCAUGUUGGAGCCGGAGCCCCGGGAGUAGGUUUCGUUGUGGACGCUAAUCCUCAACCACUCCCUCCAAAUCCCAAGGCCCUGGCGACCGCGAAGGCGAAGCCUGGAUCAUCCUAUGGGAGAUCCUCAGCUUCGACCGCUGUAGCGGCGCCCCCCGGACCAAUGGAAAUGGCCGGAGGAGACAGGAAGUUCUACCUUGGACAGCACAAGGGGAAGACGUUCGAACAAGUCUCCCAUGACACUGCCUACGUCAGGUGGGCGAAGUCACAAGCGGAUCCAUCUAACCAGCUGAAGGACUUCCUGACCUGGUUCGACCGCUACUACCUGCUGACGGAUGGAGAUUCCACCGCCGAGCUGAGUGUCUCCCGAACCUUUUGCAGACAAUGUGGGACAUUCGUUGACGAAGUCCCCGCCGAGUUCCAGAAGCAGCGCCGCGAUGCGGCAACAAGUGUGCUGAACGCUUCGGCGGACGUCAUUGACACCGUUGGUGCAUUGACAGCGGAAGAUGCUUCGGCAGACCUGGACCCGGCUGUCGUAGAAUCGAUCAUGGGACGAUUCAACGAGAUUGUCGUUGAUGCGACUCUGAGCGGAGAGCGCAUCAACCCA